AUGAAGCAACAACUUGAAGCUGAGGUGGACGCGAGAGAUGCACGAGGACGUCAGCGAAAGAGAGAUCCGAAAACAGUCAAGAGCGUUGUACAGGACUGGCGACUGGAAGUGCGAGCGUCAGGGAGCAAAACUUUGCAAAGUUAG